AUGACGGGUACCGCCCGAGGGUCUCCACGAAGGGAGUGGAGCCCCCCCCCUCCUUUCUUCCCACGCCCGCAGCAGCAGCAGCAGCAGCAGCAACAGCAGCAGCAGCAGCAACAACAGCAGCAGCAACAGCAACGAAACUCGUUGCAGCUGCAGCUGCAACAGAUACAGCAGCAGCAGAAACUGCAACUACAGCAGCUGCAACAGCAGCAGCUGCUGCAGCAACAGCAACAAUUACAGCUACAGCAACAGCAGCAGCUACAGCAUCAGCAGCAGCAGAAUCUGCAGGAGCAUCAAGGAAACAAUGCUGGGGCGCCAGGCUUGGUGGAGGCUGCUACUGCAGCAGCAGCACCCGCAGCAGCAGCAACAACAACAACGGAUGCGUCAGCAACAGCAGCAGCAGUAGUCCCAGCUGCAGCAGCAACAGCAGCAGCAGCAGCAGCAGAAGAGGAGGAGGUUUGGCCGCCCCCUCCCUUGCUGGAUUAUUCACCCCCGAAGUAUUGUCUUUGCUGCGCAAUUGUUGCACAGAGGGAGGGCAGCAGCAGCAGCAGCAGCAGCAGCAGCAGCAACAGCAGCAGCAGCAGCUGCGACGCACUGGCUCCCAGCAGCAGCAGCAGCACUUCGUGGACAGCGCCGUUCUUAGAGUCUUUUCUGCAGCAAUUGAGGCGAAGAGAGCUCAGAGGCAGCCACAUGGCAGCUAAAAGAACUGCUGAGACUUUAAAGCGGGUUGUUGAUGCAUACCCCUGGAAAACAACGCAGGAGUUGGUUGACAUUGUGCGAGAUAUUGGGCGGCGUUUGAUUUGUGCUGCUCCUCUUGAUCUGUUGGUUGCAAACAUCGUUAGGCGGGUGUUAUGCAUCUUUCGAACGGAGCAUUACAAGCAUCAAGACGCGCACCGUCAGGUGCCUCGUCCGUUGGAUUGUUUGAAGCAGCAGCAGCAGCAGCAGCAGCAGCAGCAGCGACAGCAGCGGCAGCAGCAGCACCAGCAGCAGCAGCGAGCUAAGUGGGUCUCACAAAGAGCAGCACCUUCUAUGGCGAGCUACUUUGAUCCGUUUGCUGCAGCAGAUGCGCGCGACUUUCUGCUGCCAGUGCCUCCUACUGUUAAGCAGUCAAUCUUUGAGAGUAUGUCGGAGUUGGUAGCCGAGAUCGAUAGCCUCUGGGAAGACGGUGAAGAAAUUCGCAUGAGUUGUUUUCAUGACGGAGACUGCAUACUGACAUACGGCUACUCGCUUGCUGUUGAGAGGCUCCUUAUCGCUGUGCAUGAGAAGAAUCUGAAGCUGCAACAAGCAGGACGACGCGGGGUCGGAGCUAGCUGGGUUCAUUUGAAUAUCAGCACUGUUGCUGUGCUAUCUUCUGGGGGCGUCGUCACCAUGGUGCCGGACGGACUGGCGAUGGGCAACGUCAGCAUCAGGAUCCCUAUGUUUGACUAUGUGCCGCGCUCGCUGGUCUCUGUCUUCAUAACUGAUGUGGGAGCAGUCGAUCCCAGCUAUCUCUUUACUCUUUCGAGGCAGCGCUACCACGUCGACGACAUCGCACUCAGCAUCGUUGACUAG